GAGAACCAAGGCACCGGAUGGGCACUUUCUCUUUCCUUUCCUACUUCUUUCCGGGUCGGACGGUCACGUCCUGCACUUUAGGUCUUUGGUUUUCCUUCUCAUUAACGACGCCAAACAUAUGGCUUAAACAAGAUUUACUGGGAAUAGUUUUUAAUAGCUUUGUAAAUCAUCUGUGUUUUGCGGCUUGGAUGAGUUCAGUAGCAGUAGACUGUCCGCCAUAGCUUCAGGGAGCAGCACCGUGAGACUACAACUUCCAGGGUGCUCUGCGCGCAAGGACUGAAACAGCUUCCUAGAGGCCCUAGCGCGAGUCUCAAGUCUGCCUACAACUCCCAGCGUUCCACCGCGCGCGGAGCCGUUUAAAACGAGGCUCACUCACAAGAAAGACUACAUUUCCCGGAAGGUGGUGCGGCAGAUAGGGACGUCCGCAGUGCUGCCAGAAGGACCCUAGGAUAGGCGCGGGCUGUUCGCGGCUCUCCCCGAAGGACCUCAGCAGCCGCCCAUGCCGAGCUGAGUCCGCGGAGCCGCGGCCGCUUCUUGUCGCCGUCCGUCGCCGCCGCCUUUGCGGCCUGCCGCCCGCCGGGAUGCUGGAGGAAGCGGGCGAGGUGCUCGAGAACGUGCUGAAGGCGUCGUGUCUGCCACUCGGCUUUAUCGUCUUCUUGCCCGCCGUGCUGCUGCUGGUGGCGCCGCCGCUGCCCGCCGCCGACGCCGCGCACGAGUUCACCGUGUACCGCAUGCAGCAGUACGACCUGCAGGGCCAGCCAUACGGCACUCGGAAUGCAGUGCUCAACACGGAGGCACGCACAGUGGACGCAGAUGUGCUGAGCCGUCGCUGUGUGCUUAUGCGGCUCCUAGACUUUUCCUAUGAGCACUAUCAGAAGGCUCUGCGACAGUCAGCAGGCGCUGUGGUUAUCAUCCUGCCCCGUGCUAUGGCUGCUGUGCCCCAGGAUGUUGUUCGGCAAUUCAUGGAGAUCGAGCCUGAGAUGCUAGCGAUGGAGACUGUGGUCCCCGUGUACUUUGCUGUGGAGGAUGAGGCCCUGCUGUCCAUCUACGAGCAGACCCAAGCUGCCUCUGCCUCCCAAGGCUCUGCCUCUGCUGCCGAAGUACUGCUGCACACGGCCACAGCCAAUGGUUUCCAGAUGGUGACCAGUGGAGCCCAGAGCCAGGCAGUGAGUGACUGGCUCAUCACCAGUGUGGAGGGACGGCUGACAGGGCUGGGAGGCGAGGACCUCCCCACCAUUGUCAUCGUGGCUCAUUACGACGCCUUUGGGGUAGCCCCAUGGCUGUCCCUGGGUGCAGACUCAAAUGGGAGUGGCAUCUCUGUGCUGCUGGAGCUGGCUCGCCUCUUCUCGCGCCUCUACACGUACAAGCGCACACAUGCAGCGUACAACCUCCUGUUCUUCGCAUCUGGAGGGGGCAAGUUCAACUACCAGGGCACCAAGCGCUGGCUUGAGGACAGCCUGGACCACACAGACUCCAGCCUCUUGCAGGACAACGUAGCCUUCGUUCUGUGCCUGGACACUGUAGGACGUGGCAGCCACCUGCGCCUGCAUGUGUCCAAGCCUCCGAGGGAGGGGACACUGCAGCAUGCCUUCCUGCGAGAGCUGGAGAUGGUGGCUGCGCAUCAAUUCCCUGACGUCAGCUUCUCCAUGGUACACAAGAAGAUCAAUCUAGCAGAUGAUGUGCUUGCCUGGGAGCACGAGCGCUUUGCCAUCCGAAGGCUGCCCGCCUUCACGCUGUCACAUCUGGAGAGCCACCGUGCGGGGCCUCGCAGCAGCAUCAUGGAUGUGCGGUCCCGGGUAGACUCCAAGACCCUGACUCGGAACACAAGGAUCAUUGCCGAGGCCCUGACGAGGGUCAUCUACAACCUGACAGAGAAGGGGACGCCCCCAGACAUGCCAGUGUUCACGGAGCAGAUGCAGGUCCAGGAGGAGCAGAUAGAUUCAGUCAUGGACUGGCUCACCAACCAGCCACGGGCCGCCCAACUGCUAGACAAGGAUGGGACAUUCCUGAGUACACUGGAACACUUUCUGAGCCGCUACCUGAAGGAUGUGCGACAACACCAUGUGAAGGCUGACAAGCGGGACCCUGAGUUUGUCUUUUAUGACCAGCUAAAGCAGGUGAUGAAUGCUUACAGGGUCAAGCCAGCCAUCUUCGACCUGCUGCUGGCCUUGUGCAUUGGGGCGUACCUUGGCAUGGCGUACACGGCCGUCCAGCACUUCCACGUGCUAUACAAGACGGUGCAGAGACUGCUGCUCAAGGCCAAGGCACAGUAACAGUGGCCGUGCACAGGUGGCCCAGGAGGUACUGGCCCACACACCCACAGCGGCCAGACUGAACCACAGAGGGUUUGGAUGGGUCACUAGGAUGCAAGGACGUCUCUCCCUGUCCAUUUCCUUGAAUGUCCCUGGAGGAGAGCCCCGCCCACCUGCAGAUGAGCCCACUGGGAUGGAAUGAUGGCCCGGGCCACAUGCACUGAAGGGCCACACGCUGGUGUUGGCCUCCCCAGUGGCUGGGUCCCAGAAGCCGGUCUCUGUGGUUCUGUAGAGGCAGCUGCCAUCAGCCUGCCUCUCCCUAGCGCUGGCCAGCACCCAACAGUGUCUCCCUGCUCUUCCUCUUCAUACCCCACCCGCCUGUUGUCACCUCCCCCACCACUGGACCCACCUGGUCCCCCAGCUGGAUCUGAGCCACCUGAGGUUCUGGCUGCUCCUGCAAGUGUCCCUUCGCUCAGUCCUGAUGCUGGUGACUGGGCAGGAGUUGGUCCUGGUCUGGAGUGUGCAGUCCUGAGGUCUCCCCACCUCCCACCCCCUAGCCUCAGUUUCCCCACCUGUGAUACAUUCUGGGGAGUCCGCCCCUCUAUCAUAGUGUCUGAUGGAACAGCCAGGCCCAGCACAGCCCUGGAUGUCCCCAACAGGAUGGCCUUGGGAGGGGGACACCAGUGCUGACGGUUGACCUCAGGGACCCAACAGUGAAUUGAUUCAAUAGCAAUAUGACCCAGGAGGUGUCAGGCUGGGGACCAGCUGAAGACCAGCUGCUUCUGUCCCUCCAGCACCUGCUGAGGCCUGGCCCACCCCCACCCGCUGUAGGCUGCCUCUGCUUAGCAGUGGUGGCUGCCACCCUGGUGGCACUCGUGUCAUAGGGCGAGAGGGGUCAGCCUGCUGCCCUGGCCCUGGGCGCUCUCGCUCUCCUCUCUCCUCUUAACCUGGCAGCUGGUUACGGGUCUGAGGCCAGUGCCACCUGUCACUGGAAAAGUACACAGGGCACGUGCCACCUCCCUCUGUCCUGACAGGGUAUGGGGAUGGAUGGCCUCUGGGAGUGGCUGCUGGUCUGCAGUUGGUGGGUUACAAAAUAAAAGCCAUAUUGAAGGA